UAUUUAUGGCAGGUGAUUUAUGAAACAUUUAUUUGAGUGCAUGAAUAACAUUAAUGCUUUCAUUGAAAUAAUAUUUCAAUAAUUGUUUACUUUCUCAUCCUAUUCGAUCAUCAGUCAGUUAUACCAUCAAAACAAAUUAGCCAUCCACAAACUUGUAUAAAAGUUCACAUGUUUGAAACUCAGAAAUAGAAAAGUGUAUACUGCCCGCCACGUCCGGUAACGACCAAUCAAUCUCCAACUUCUGCAGGCUGUGAGUGCGGCGAUCAAUAACUUGUUGCCCCCAAAUCUUAGAGCAGGAAAUGAAGGCUCAACCUCCAUUCUGAAAGAUACCGAGGAAACUAUGACGGAGACUGAAGAUGCUCUGGAGACGAUGGUUGAAAGGAGUGAGGACAAGACGUCCAUAAUGGCGUCAUGUUUUCCCAAGAUGUCAUCGGUGACCUCGGAGGUCUACAGAUCAUUUGACGACCCCUUGAUCACUGCUCACCAAACCAAUCCAUUUCAUCACAGCUUGGACGACACAGUUAGCCUUCAGAGCAGCGCCGAUUCAAACCUCACUGAUCGUCCUCUAAGUAUGACAUUGGAUAGUGGUAUUGCAAGCCCAGCAACUUUUGGUAUCGUUGGCAAAAGCGAGAGAUACCGUCCUCUGCCGACGGACGAUGCGAAUCUUACGAGUGACUUGCUUAAACAGCUUCAACAUUUGAAAAUGUGCGUUGAGCAGAAGUUACACGAUUCCAUGGGUGGGAUGGCACCUUGCACACUAGAUAGCAAAGCUACUGCACUCUCUGAAGAAAUUGUGAAACAUAUCAACACGGUGGGCGACUACUAUAAGGGUUCAGGCCCUGGAGCUAGUCUUCCUACCAGUCACUCUUCAGGGAAUCUAUCAGCUCAAGACCUAUUUGUAGAUAAAGCAUUAUCCAGUAGUCUCCUGGUGUACGAGAAUACUAAACUAUCUGCUGAGGUUGCCUACCUACAGAAAAAGGUGGAGGUUCUGGAGCAGAUCAUUGGAACGCAAGGGUUCACUGCGGAUACCCCUAAGCCAGCAAUGGAAACCAUCAGCAUAGGGUCUCAGACUGACCUCAGAUUCAACCAAUCGAUGUCAACGUUGGAUGAAUCUGAUUAUAUGGGUCUUUCAGAUGUUUCUGUGACAACACCCAAUGAGACCAACUGUCUAAUGGGAACCAUUGUUGAGAAUGAGGAUCUCUGCUCACCAUCUGGUAUGUCAACACCUGGCGGGGUACCAACCAAUCAGACACGACGGCGUAAGAUCGAGGUACCGAGCCAACUCAAAGCAUCAACUUCCUACUUAAGUAUCAACCCCUGGGCUGAAAUGGACAAGCAGGAGAACGGAUCCUCUUCAGGGUGCUGGAGGGGACUGUGUGCAUGCUUUGAUAGAAGUGCCUCUGCUAGAGUGAACUAGAGCUCCGCCCACCCCUCCCUAUACAGCAUACCAUUAACUCAGCAGACUUUUUGUAUGCAAAUUAAUUCUCAAAGUGUCAACAUCAAUUUGUACGUUACAUUAUUUGAAAGAAAGAAAUUAAAAUUCAGACAGAAAAAAAUAUAUUCCAAAGUUCGAGUUGAACAAAAUCAGUCAAGCGACCUAUGCAAAUAUCAUAAAUAAAAGAUUAUAUUAUUUUAAAUUGAUAGCGAAAGUGGUUCAUGUCUUGUCAGUAAUUCUGUAUAUUUUGUAAGAAUGUGCAAAUCUUUUGAUUUUGAUCAAGCUGAAAGUAGCCAGAGUUUUAUUUAAAUGUUAGAUUAGAUUUUUAUUUCAUUUAUUUAUUUAUUAAUUUAUUUAGGAAAUGGGGGAGGGGGUUGGUGACAGUAAUUCUUUCAUUUGAGCUCCUCAAUUCGGUUUCCCAAGAUGCAUAGAAGUAUGUUUUUAUUACAUGCAUUGUGAUUUCUUCUCCUCACCAACUGUACCAUGGCUCUAACGAUGCAUUUGUACAACAUGUUCAAGAUUUAAUAAAUAUUGCAGAAAUUUCAUGCAAACCUUCAGUGUAAUAAUGUUGAGGAAAAAAAUUUAAACAAGUAAUAAAUAAAAAACUAAAGUGUUAUUAUUUACUAAUGAUGUAAAUAUCGACAAACCAAAAAUAAACAAUAACAAUUUUUGCAAGACAUUCUUUACUUGUCAUCAAUUUAAUUGCGUCAUCUCUUGUAACUUUGAUUAGGUAUGGGCUAAGGAAAGAAUAUUCUGUGUGUAACUGAUUCUACAUGCAAAAAAAGUUGGAAUCGUCAGAUUCUCAAUAAAUUCAAACAAUACUAUUUGACCUGUUCUCUGUGUUAUACAAGUAAUCAUGAGUUUUGGUUAUUAAUAUCAUCGGUAAGAUCCAAAAAAUAAAUGUUCACAAAUUCCACUCGACUCGUGGUAAAAAGUGGUAUAAGACUUCUCUUUUAAAGCCAGUGGACACUAUUGGUAAAUGUCAAAGACCACUCUUCUCUCUUGGUGUAUCUCAACAUAUGCA